AUGAACUCGGAUAACGUGCAAGCCGGAACUGUAACGCGAGAAACACUCAAGAAUACAGGGUGGCGAGAAUUGGAUCAAGUUCCUGAACAGCUAUCAAAUGAUUGGCACGAGUCACUAGGAGCAGCCGAUGGUCUGACAAAUACGGCUAACGAGUUCCCUUCACAGUGGGAUCAUGAGGAACUAUGGACGGACGAUCAGGACAGGGUUAGACAACCCAGCGACGCUGUCAUGGGCAACAUUGUCAACGGCGAGGAUGGCUACAUAAUUGCUGGUACAAACUAUGGGCCCUUGGUAUCAAAGCCUACAGAUGUGCCAGUAUGGAUGCUCCCUGAUACAAAAUGGACCGACAUCGUGGCAGUUCAGUGGAACCAGUAUGUGGCAGGAAGCAACAUCAAGCGCAUUUACCGAUCUAACGUGGUAUACGCUGAGUCGAGAGACCUUAUGGAAACAGCCUUGGAGAAGGUCGGGAAGAGUGGUGACCUGGCUGACCUGCCAUUAUGGCCUGGCAUUGAUUUCACACCUGGAAAAAACCCCACCAAGACACCGAUGAAGCCAGCUACUGAGGCCUUUAUGGGCUUGCUCGGAAGCUCUCAUGCUGCUGGUCCUGCAUACUUGUUCAUUCAAUACCGGGCCGUUUUUGGCAAGAAGAGGAUCAACAAGAUCAAGCUCUGGAAAGCCGAUAAAGAGGCGCAGGAGCCGAUAGUAAACAUGUUAGUCUACGCUGAAGAAGUUCGAUAG